GGAACAGAGCACUUAUUCACAGUGGAACUGUUUCGACAAAACCGAAAAGUUCACUGUGAGAGAAGAAGAGCGAAACAUGGCCGGAGCGACGGUGAACUCCAUCCCGGCGACCGCCGUUAACGCCGGAGUUGGCAGAGGAGCCAAUAUGACAGGCGCGUCAUACGUAAAUUCGUUCCGAAUCUCCGCCGUAGCUGACCGAUUAGCUAAGCAUGUGUGUAAUCAGCCCAAAAUUGACCCUCAGGAGUUCGUUCACCUCUGCCUAUCACUUGCAAGAGGCAUUGAUUUUGCCAUUGCAAACCGGGAGGUCCCAAAUAGAGCUCAAGAUUUACCUUUACUGGUGAAACAGGUAUGCAGAAUCCCCUGUGAUACGUUACUGCUAGCACAUGUUAUGGUCCUUAUGAUUUCUGUCAAGAAUGCUUGUCAUAGUGGGUGGUUUACGGAGAAAGAUGCCAAGGAACUUUGUGAUCUUGCAAACGAGAUUUCCAGCAGCUUCUGCACCACAUUAGAUUUUAACACUGAACCAAGCAGUUCUUCAACAAUUAUCUCGACGAUAAUGUCAAGAUUUUAUCCACGGCUGAAAAUGGGUCAGAUAGUUUCUUUCUUGGAGGCCAAGCCUGGAUUUGGUGCCUAUGUGAAUGAUUUCCAGAUAACAAAGAAUAUGAACCUUUCUGAAGGAGAGAAAGUGAGACUAUUUGUUGCACAAAUAGAUAAUCUGGAGACCUCACUAUGUCUUGUAACGCCUCCUCAAGUGAACUUUCUUCUAAAUGGGACUCCCGUCGGAAGGAGGACUAAUGUGUCAAUGGACCCUGGACCUCAGCUUCCAUCUCCUGUACCUCAUAUGCUUAAAUUUGGAACAAAUCUUCUUCAAGCCGUGGGCCAAUUUAAUGGAAAUUAUAUCAUAGCUGUUGCCUUCAUGAGUGAGAUUUCUACCCCUGUUCAGGCCACACUCCCUGAUUACGAGCAGGCUCCUGUUUCUUCUGUUGAUCCAGAUUCUGAGAUUAUUGAGGGGCCAUCAAGAAUUUCUCUGAAUUGCCCUAUAAGUUUUAAGCGUAUUAAAACUCCAGUAAAAGGACAUUCUUGCAAACAUCUUCAGUGUUUUGAUUUUGACAACUAUAUUGACAUAAAUUCAAGGAGACCAUCGUGGCGUUGUCCUCAUUGUAAUCAACAUGUGUGUUUCACUGAUAUUCAUAUUGAUCAAGAUAUGUUCAAGGUUUUGAAAGAGGUGAGUGAGGAUGUCACAGAUGUCAUGAUCUCGUCUGAUGGUUCAUGGAAGGCAAUCAUGGAAAGUGAUGACUAUUCUGAAAAGCCCAGGGAUAAAACCCCUGAAAUUGCUCAAGAUAGUCCACGUAGAGGUUCUGAUGGUCCUUCAAAUGCCCCCGGUGAUGUUUUAGAUCUUACUGACAUAGAUGAUGACAUGAAUCCUGCUGAAACUGAAGACAGCAAAAAUUUUCCUACGAACAUUCAAAUGCAAUCUAAUGUUCAGAAAACAACAGCUGUGAAUAAUCCAAGUGAAAUCAAUCAGACAGGUGCUCCUGAUAUGACGGAUGAUUUCUGGUCAAGAAUCUAUUUGUCCUCGUGUGGAAUAGGGACAUCUAAUUCUUGGUCCAGUAUGCAAACUGGCAGUGCUUCUGAGCCUGCUAGAACCGACUUGGUCCAGUUGCCUGUCUUCACAGAUGCAAUAUCUCCCGCUUUCAACACUGAGGGAAAUGCUUUUAUUCCAACCUCUGUACUUGAGAGUGGACUAUCUUCUUCCAAUUUGCUGCAGAUGCAGUUACAACAGUUCCAAUUUGGGAACUCUGCACUCAGCAAUGAAUAUGGAAGGUUUCCAACUGGAGCCAGGCCUGCAAACAGAACUCCUGUUGCAGUUCAGGCCCUUCCAGCCCAGAUGAACACUCUUCCUCAGCAGAGACAACAAAGCACAAUGAAUCCCUUGUUCCAUGCUGGUCCUUCAGCAGCUACUCAGGAUUUGCCUAUUGCGUCAUUGGAUGGUUCCAAUCUAAGAAGUGAAUUGGAGAGACAUUCCUUUUCUGACUUGGACCUGGUUCAGGCACGCACGACCUCAUCAGCAUUACCACAGAAGCGUUCUCUUCCUCAUGUUCAACCAUCUCAACAUUCUGUUGGCCGUCAAACUCCUAGCAUGAGAACACCCUAUUCGAUGAGCCAGUCUCAAGGUCCGACCCAAUCAGCUACUUGGGAUAGAUGGGAAGCCCUGAAGCAAGGAAGUUCACAAGUUGGUGUUAAUCGGGCACUUGCUGGUGGACAACACACCCGAGUUGUCACUACUCAGCAAACCACACAGGUGGUGAGACCUGUUUACUCUCCUAGAACUGUGCCUCCACUCCCAGGUAGUGCUGACAGGUUCAGGACACCAUUGGCCCCGGACCAGAGGGUUAGUACAGGAGGCAUGACACCAGUCACAAGGACAGAUAGUUCCGUGGAUCCCCAGCUAGAUCCAAACUGGCGGCCUACAGGCCGUAUGCGUGGAAGCCUUUCAGGACGAGCUUAUUCUGAAGCACUGCAACAGUUCAUACUUAAGCCAACACAGCAAGCUCAAGCUCAAGCUGCCAGACCAUCUAUUCCACCUAAUCUUUCACCCCAACUGCAAGUCCUUUUGGCUAAUAGAGGUGCUCAUAAUACGCAGCCAGUGAACUUUCCAUCUACAGCUCCUGCCAAUGCAUCUGAUAUUUCAGGCAUUUUACCCGAGCGCUCCUCAGGAAUGCAGUAGAACUAGGACAUGUUUGUUGGUGACUGUAUUUAUCGUCACAAAUUUUGCUUCCAUGGUCACUUUACAGUACAGAUACCUUGACCCAGUGUUAUAUUACACGUAGAUAGGGGAAAAUGCCGUUCUUUCUUUUGUAAAUUCCAAUCCGAAGUGAAGCUCAACUCCCAUCUCACAAGCAACAGUUUGACACUACUCUAGUGUGACAAAAAGUAGUCUCUGAGUUUGUUAUUAUAGUAGGUAAUAUUUAAUGACCAUGUGUGGAAUUUUUCUAUUGUAAUUCAACAUGUUUGACAUAUAAUAUAUCAUGAAAACUCAGGUUUCUACUAAAA